CAGGCUUGCAGAAGAUCCGCCCACCCAUGAGUCAGAGGAUUUUGCGAGGUCUUCUAGAAUGACAGCUCAAACCUGUCCACGUCAACACCAGAGAACCACUAUGGAGAUCGCGUCUCUGGAACCCUCACUGUACACAGUGAAAGCGGUCUUCAUUCUGGAUAACGAUGGUAAUAGACUUCUAUCAAAGUACUAUGACAAAGAGCUCUACCCCUCCAUGAAGGAGCAGAAGAACUUUGAAAAGAACGUUUUCAACAAGACACACAAAGCUGACAAUGAGAUUGCCUUCGUGGAGGGGAUGACGAUCGUGUAUAAGUGCAGCAUUGACCUGUUCUUCUACGUGGCGGGCAGUGCACAGGAGAAUGAGCUCAUGCUCAUGGCUGUACUGAACUGUCUGUUUGAGUCCCUCGGUCAAAUCUUAAGGAAAAAUGUGGAGAGAAGGUGUCUAUUGGACAACAUGGACGGAGUCUUCUUAGUAGUGGACGAAAUUAUCGACGGGGGGGUGAUCUUGGAAAGCGACCCCCAACAGGUCAUCCAGAAGGUCAAUUACAGGGCGGAUGAGAACCCACUGUCAGAGCAGAGUGUGGCUCAGCACAUUACGGACAAAUUGGCAAUGACCUCCAAUGUAAGUCCUCUCACUCCUCACCCUCCAACAUGGGACAUUUUGAGUCUCUUGGGGUGUGUUCAGAAGACCAGAAUGUUGCAGAUAGAUAUGAAGUGUAUAGAAUGGACACAUCAUGACUGUUCUAUACUGGUCAUCUCUAUGUGUGACUUUCAGACUGCCCUGUACUCCUGAGUCAGACCCUGCUUGCAAGGAAGGGUUCAUAUCCAAAGCUAUUAACUAUUUAUCUUGUGGCAGUUUCUCUCCCUUGUUGGAACCAAACGUCAAUGAUGUCAUGGUGCCUAUACAAAAACACUAGACCUAGACAAUAAACCUAAAACAAUAAACGAAACAGUAAAUGACUGGAGGUAGACAGUAAACACUAGACACAAGUUCAUAAUUUUAGCUGGGUUCCUUGCGCCCCCUGGUGCAUCGUUUUAUGCUAUGCAUCUCUGUUUCAACAGCCCAAAAAAUGCAGUUUGUUUCUCUUGUGGAAUUUCAUUUUAGCAGGAAGAGUGACAUUUAUAAAUCACUGAGGCACACUUGCAUCAGGUCAUUGCCGAUGUUGAAUAGUAUUAAAUUGUGUUUCUAAGCAAGAUGAAAAUACAUUAAAGUCUGCUCAGAGAAGCUGACUGUCACUUUUUUGUGUCUACUACACAAAAUACACUUACAACGUUUGAUGUUGCACUUGCAAGUUUAAGGAGCUCAUAUUUCAUGUAAAUGAUGAAUGCGUGAGCAGUUCCAUUCAAAUUCACAUUAAUACAAUAGUGACACCUACUGGUUGAAGUGUGUCACAAUGAACAAUAAAUAUAACACACUGCAUACUAUAUACUAUAUGAUCUGUGUUAAUGUUGUUUUUCCACACUCAAUCUGAAAAAGUGUUCUUUCUGGGUUUUUUCUCCAGAUAAUGCAGUCUGCCAAAGAACAAAUAAAGUGGUCAAUACUCAAAUGAUCUACACCGCCUGUCCAAAGGUCAAAUGUCUAAGAGUGGAAUGGACAGUACGAAUUUAUGUGUAAAUAUUAAAGGGUGUAUUUAGCGUUUUAUGCUUAAAUAGGCUAUAUUUAUGGUAAUUAGUGGCAAAUAUAGGCAUUUUUCAUAUGAAGGCAAGCUGACAUUUGUAUGUAUUAUAUUGGAAAUAAUCUAUUUAAUUUAUUUGAUUUGCAAUAAGUCGGAAGAUAUUAUGCUAGAUUAUAGCAUGUGAUUUUGUUAAUUUCCCUCAACUCACCAAAAUACUCUGUUAAGAAAUGUUUUAACCAAACCAAGAAAACAACUGCAUUUUGUUGUAAUGUGUGCAGGCCUACACAACUAGGGAAACUGUUGCUUAGGCUUCAAUAAUUAUGAAGUUAUGUUACAGAGAACUUCAUAUUUAAAGUUAUGUUAUACUACAUUUUUAAAGCUUUGUAAGUUUAACAGAAAAAGGCAAUAGCCUGUGUAGUGUUACAGUAGUCCUGUUUCUAGUUGAAAGUCAGGUUACCCCAUGUUAAUUUAUGUUUUAGAUUUAUUUUGUGUUCAUACUAAAACGAAGUUGGCGUAGGUAGGCCUAUGUUUUUUCUAAAGCACUGAGAACACCAUUAGGACUAUAAGAAUAACAUAUUUUGUUACUAGACUGAUGGACAAAUACACUUUUAAUAUUUCCAUUUUUAACGCCAACGAAGAAGAGAGGCUAAUAAUUUUUCGCUUUGUUGAUUUCUAUUGACAGCUUUUUUUCAAAUUUAGUCUGCCUGUUGUCAAGCUAAUUAAAAUGUAUAUUUUGUGUUGUCAAAA